AUGCCGCCUGAUCCGGAUAUCGAGAAGCAGACUUCGCGCAGCUCCAAGAGCAACGAUGUAGAAGCGGCGAAGGAGUACACGACAGUACCAUCCAAAUACCGGAAUUCCCUGCUCGCAGCAGUAGCAUACCUCGAUCUGGCCAAUGCCCUUGACUUUCCUGCCAAUGUCUGGAACCAGGUUCCUACACCUCUAUAUGCAAAGGUACUCAUGGGCAUAGGAGGGAGUAUCGCGAUCUUGAGCACGUCGUUCGCGUUCUGGGACAUGGUGCUGGCGUGGAGGAACAUAACAUUUCUACGGACUGAGAGGAGGGGCUUGAAGCAGAUGCAAGAGAAGAGGACACCUACAGUACUCGAACAAGCGUGGAUGGGAGUGAACACAAGGGAGCUUGGCUGGGAAGUGAUAGAUCGCAUGAUGCUCAAUGCAUUCAUGGCAAUAGCUGGGAUUCUUGUGGGGACGGGGUGCUUGAUGGCGAUUCGAGGAGACAUACCGAGUGUCUUCCUAGGGAGCAACAUCAUGUCUGGAUACCUUGGCAACUCUUUUGUGGCAUUGUAUGCUGUGAUCAACACGGUCUGGUGUAUCUUCAUGUGGAAGAGAGCGCAUGCAUGCGAGGGAGCUGUGAAAAGAGCAGGCCGAGAGAUCGGGGUGAAAAUGAUGAUUGCUUUGAAGAGCCAUUCGAGAAGGCACAAGAUUUAUGCCAUUGUGAAUGGUGUGUCGAUUUUGGCUUCCGGCAUUGGGUCUGAAAUCAGUUCGACGAUGUGGCCGGGGUAUGAAGUCGAGAGCUUAGAUGUACGGCAGCGUCUGAGUGAGAUCAUGGAGAUUCGUGAAGCUCUCGUGCUUGAUUCUGCAGCCUCGAUCGACUGCUGUGAGCCCAGCUCGGGUGUUAAUAUAAGCGAUGACAGCAAGACCAUCGGCCUUAUGCAUGAUCUUGGUCUGGAGCUCGAUCGUGCUCAGCGUGCCGAUGUUCUGGCGUUCGGAUAUGAAGAGAGAUUUCUGCUGGAACUGUAUGGGUACUUUCUAUUGGCCAGGGAGCAGCAGGUCGCUACAGUGAAUGGUCGAAGGUGA